UGUAGCCUCUCCACAGAGAGAUCUGAGAGAGCGAGAGAGAAGGGACGACCCGAUCGCUUCCUUUCGAAAUCUCGAGCGGGAGAACCAAAGAGAGGGAAAAUAGAGAAAUCGAAGCAUAGAAAACAAAAACCCCAAAAUCAAUUUUCAUAAACGUUUCUAAUUUUCCACUUCAAUUUUAUAGUACUAGGGUUUGCAAUGGAUUUGCGAUUUCCUUACUCUCCGGCGGAGGUUGCCAAAGUGCGCCGAGUCCAGUUCGGGAUUCUCAGUCCCGAUGAGAUCAGGCAAAUGUCUGUGGUCCAGAUUGAGCAUGGUGAGACGACAGAGAGGGGCAAGCCAAAGCCUGGUGGAUUAAGUGAUCCUCGGCUGGGUACAAUUGAUAGAAAGAUGAAGUGUGAGACUUGUAUGGCGAACAUGGCCGAGUGCCCGGGGCACUUUGGCCACCUUGAGCUUGCCAAGCCUAUGUUUCAUAUUGGGUUUCUAAAGACUGUGCUUAGCAUCAUGAGAUGUGUCUGCUUCAAUUGCUCAAAAAUUCUGGCAGACGAGGAAGAACCCAAGUUCAAGCAAGCAUUAAAAAUAAAGAACCGCAAAAGCAGGCUUAAAAAGAUUCUUGAUGCCUGUAAGAACAAAACUAAAUGUGAUGGAGGUGAUGAAAUUGAUGUCCAAGGUCAGGACACCGAAGAGCCAGUUAAAAAGAGCCGUGGUGGUUGCGGCGCUCAGCAGCCAAAGAUAAGUAUUGAUGGCAUGAAGAUUAUAGUGGAGUACAAGGCUCAAAGGAAGAAAAACGAUGAUCAGGAGCAGCUUCCUGAACCUGUGGAAAGAAAGCAAACGCUUACUGCAGAAAGAGUUCUCAGUGUUCUAAAGAGGAUAAGUGAUGAGGACUGUGGAUUAUUGGGUUUAGACCCUAAGUAUGCCCGUCCUGAUUGGAUGAUUCUUCAAGUGCUUCCAAUUCCUCCACCUCCUGUGAGGCCCUCUGUGAUGAUGGACACCUCGUCGAGGAGUGAGGAUGAUUUGACCCAUCAGUUAGCCAUGAUUAUUAGGCACAAUGAAAAUCUUCGUAGACAAGAGAGGAAUGGGUCAGCUGCACAUAUCAUAUCUGAGUUUGCUCAGUUGUUGCAGUUCCAUGUAGCCACCUAUUUUGACAAUGAGUUACCUGGACAGCCUAGGGCAACGCAGAGAUCUGGUAGACCUAUUAAGUCAAUAUGUAGCAGGCUUAAGGCAAAAGAAGGGCGGAUUCGGGGUAACUUGAUGGGGAAACGUGUGGAUUUUUCUGCACGAACAGUUAUUACACCAGAUCCCACCAUUAAUAUUGAUGAACUGGGGGUACCAUGGAGUAUUGCCCUAAAUCUCACGUAUCCGGAAACUGUAACUCCAUAUAACAUUGAAAGAUUAAAGGAGCUUGUUGAGUAUGGGCCACAUCCUCCGCCUGGCAAAACUGGUGCCAAGUAUAUCAUUAGGGAUGAUGGGCAGAGGCUUGAUCUACGUUACUUGAAGAAAAGCAGUGAUCACCACUUAGAGCUUGGUUACAAGGUAGAGAGGCAUUUGCAAGAUGGGGACUUUGUCCUCUUUAAUCGUCAGCCAAGUCUCCAUAAGAUGUCUAUAAUGGGUCACAGGAUUAAGAUUAUGCCAUAUUCGACGUUCCGCCUUAACUUGUCUGUGACGUCACCAUAUAACGCUGAUUUUGAUGGCGAUGAAAUGAAUAUGCAUGUUCCUCAGUCAUUUGAAACCAGGGCAGAAGUUUUGGAGCUGAUGAUGGUACCUAAAUGUAUAGUAUCCCCUCAAGCAAAUCGGCCUGUAAUGGGAAUUGUGCAGGACACCCUUUUAGGAUGUCGUAAAAUCACAAAGAGAGAUACCUUUAUAGAAAAGGAUGUUUUCAUGAACAUCUUGAUGUGGUGGGAAGAUUUUGAUGGGAAAAUUCCUGCCCCUGCAGUUCUUAAGCCACGUCCACUUUGGACUGGCAAACAAGUUUUUAAUCUGAUUAUACCGAAGCCAAUUAAUUUAUUGAGAACUUCUGCCUGGCACUCAGAGUCAGAAACUGGGUUCAUUACACCUGGGGAUACUCAAGUACGGAUUGAAAAAGGGGAGCUUCUUGCUGGAACUCUUUGCAAGAGGGCACUUGGUACUUCAACUGGAAGUCUUAUACACGUUAUUUGGGAAGAGGUUGGUCCUGAUGCAGCUCGCAAAUUUUUGGGACAUACACAGUGGCUUGUUAAUUAUUGGCUUCUGCAGAAUGGUUUUAGUAUAGGGAUCGGAGAUACAAUUGCUGAUGCUGCAACGAUGGAGAAAAUCAAUGAAACCAUAUCAAAAGCCAAAAAUGAUGUGAAAGAACUAAUCAAACAUGCUCAAAAUAAGGAUUUGGAACCUGAACCUGGUCGAACCAUGAUGGAAUCAUUUGAAAACAAAGUGAAUCAGGUGUUGAAUAGAGCUCGUGACGACGCUGGAAGUAGUGCACAGAAGAGUUUAUCCGAGAGCAACAAUCUGAAGGCUAUGGUCACUGCAGGAUCCAAGGGAAGUUUCAUUAACAUAUCGCAGAUGACUGCUUGUGUGGGACAGCAGAAUGUUGAGGGUAAGCGAAUCCCUUAUGGAUUCAUAGAUCGGACAUUACCACAUUUCACCAAAGAUGAUUAUGGGCCAGAAAGUCGUGGUUUUGUUGAGAACUCAUACCUACGUGGAUUGACUCCGCAAGAGUUUUUUUUCCACGCCAUGGGUGGUAGAGAAGGUCUAAUAGACACUGCUGUUAAAACUUCUGAAACUGGUUAUAUCCAGCGGCGACUAGUGAAAGCUAUGGAGGAUAUUAUGGUCAAGUAUGAUGGGACUGUGAGGAACUCGUUGGGGGAUGUUAUUCAAUUUCUAUACGGAGAAGAUGGUAUGGAUUCCGUUUGGAUAGAGUCGCAGAAGUUGGAUUCCUUAAAAAUGAAGAAAUCAGAUUUUGAUAGGGUCUUCAGAUACGAGAUAGAUGAUCCCAGCUGGAGUCCAAAUUACAUGUUGCCAGAACAUGUUACAGAUUUGCAAGAUAUUAAAGAACUUCGUGAUGUGUUUAAUGCUGAAGUUCAAAAACUUGAAGGAGAUAGGUACCAACUCGGAACAGAGAUAGCAACCACAGGUGACAAUACUUGGCCAAUGCCUGUUAACCUCAAGAGGCUUAUCUGGAAUGCACAGAAGACUUUCAAGGUUGACUUCCGAAGGCCCUCUGAUUUGCACCCAGUGGAAGUUGUAGAUGCUGUUGAUAAACUUCAAGAGAGGUUGAAGGUUGUUCCUGGGGAUGAUCGGUUGAGUAUGGAGGCUCAGAAAAAUGCGACCCUUUUCUUCAAUAUUCUGCUUCGGAGCACAUUGGCUAGUAAAAGAGUGUUGCAGGAGUACAGGCUUACUCGUGAAGCAUUUGAGUGGGUUAUUGGUGAGAUAGAGUCACGAUUUUUACAAUCCUUGGUAGCUCCUGGGGAAAUGAUAGGUUGUGUUGCUGCACAAUCUAUUGGGGAACCUGCUACUCAGAUGACUCUCAACACCUUUCACUAUGCUGGUGUGAGUGCAAAAAAUGUAACUCUUGGUGUUCCCAGGUUGAGGGAGAUCAUUAAUGUUGCCAAGAAGAUCAAAACACCUUCUCUGUCUGUUUACCUCACACCCGAUGUUAGUAGAACGAAGGAGAGGGCCAAGAAUGUACAAUGUGCUUUGGAAUACACCACUCUUCGAAGUGUCACCCAAGCUACAGAAGUUUGGUAUGACCCAGAUCCCAUGACCACAAUAAUUGAAGAGGAUAGUGAUUUUGUCAGGUCUUACUAUGAAAUGCCGGAUGAAGAAGUAGCACCUGAAAAGAUCUCUCCUUGGUUACUUCGUAUAGAGUUGAACCGUGAAAUGAUGGUAGAUAAGAAGUUAAGCAUGGCUGAUAUUGCUGAGAAGAUCAACCUUGAAUUUGAUGAUGACUUGACGUGUAUUUUCAAUGACGAUAAUGCUGAAAAACUGAUCCUUCGCAUCCGCAUCAUGAAUGAUGAAGCCCCUAAGGGAGAGCUGGAAGGUGAUGAAUCGGCAGAAGAUGAUGUUUUCCUCAAGAAAAUUGAGAGUAACAUGCUGACAGAAAUGGCUCUUAGAGGCAUCCCAGAUAUUAACAAGGUGUUCAUUAAGCAUGGGAAAGUAAGCAAGUUCGAUGAGAAUGAAGGUUUUAAAACAAGUGAGGAAUGGAUGCUGGAUACAGAAGGCGUUAACCUCUUGGCUGUUAUGUGUAAUGAGAAUGUCGAUGCAAGGAGGACAACGAGUAAUCACUUGAUUGAAAUCAUUGAAGUAUUGGGGAUUGAGGCAGUUCGUCGGUCCUUGUUGGAUGAACUGAGGGUCGUUAUAUCUUUUGAUGGAUCUUAUGUGAAUUACAGGCAUCUGGCUAUCCUAUGUGAUACUAUGACCUAUCGUGGCCACUUGAUGGCUAUUACCCGUCAUGGUAUCAAUCGGAAUGAUACUGGGCCCAUGAUGAGGUGCUCCUUUGAAGAAACCGUGGACAUUCUUCUUGAUGCUGCUGUGUAUGCCGAAACUGAUUAUUUGAGGGGGGUUACAGAAAAUAUAAUGUUAGGUCAGCUUGCGCCAAUUGGCACGGGAGACUGCUCACUUUAUCUCAAUGAUGAAAUGCUGAAGAAUGCCAUUGAACUUCAGCUACCAAGCUAUAUGGAUGGCCUGGAUUUUGGCAUGACACCUGCCCGUUCUCCCAUCUCGGGAACCCCUUAUCAUGAUGGUAUGAUGUCUCCAAAUUACGCGCUGAGCCCGAAUCUCCGUCUAUCGCCCAUUUCAGAUGCUCAGUUUUCACCUUAUGUUGGUGGAAUGGCAUUUUCCCCUACUUCUUCUCCGGGCUACAGCCCCUCAUCACCGGGAUACAGUCCCUCAUCACCGGGAUACAGCCCCACCUCUCCCGGGUACAGCCCCACCUCUCCUGGGUACAGCCCCACAUCGCCUGGCUACAGCCCAACUUCACCUACAUACAGCCCUAGUUCUCCUGGUUAUAGCCCGACGAGUCCUGCCUAUUCUCCUACAAGUCCAUCCUACUCUCCUUCGUCACCCAGCUACAGCCCCACGUCUCCCAGUUACAGCCCGACAUCUCCCAGUUACAGCCCCACAUCUCCAAGUUACAGCCCCACGUCUCCUAGCUACAGUCCAACUUCACCUAGUUAUAGCCCCACAUCUCCGGUUUAUAGCCCCACCUCCCCGGCAUACAGCCCCACCUCACCAGCAUAUAGUCCAACCUCGCCUUCCUACAGCCCGACGUCGCCUUCCUACAGCCCGACAUCGCCUUCCUACAGCCCGACGUCGCCGUCCUACAGCCCGACGUCGCCUUCUUAUAGCCCUACUUCACCAGCUUAUAGUCCCACUUCACCUGGUUACAGUCCAACCUCGCCAAGUUACAGCCCUACCUCACCUAGUUACAGCCCUACGUCACCGAGCUACAAUCCCCAGUCAGCAAAAUAUAGCCCCUCGCUUGCAUAUUCACCAAGCAGUCCAAGAUUGUCACCAUCCAGUCCUUACAGUCCUACUUCUCCAAAUUACAGCCCAACUUCACCAUCAAUUUCUCCUACAUCUCCAUCGUAUUCUCCUUCAGGUCCAACCUACAGUCCCAGCAGUCCAUAUAAUUCUGGAGUGAACCCGGACUACAGCCCAAGCUCACCACAGUACAGUCCAAGUGCUGGGUAUUCACCAAGUGCACCUGGGUAUUCGCCAUCCUCUACCAGUCAGUAUACACCUCAAACGAGCAAGAAGGACGAAAGGAAUGAUAAGGAUGAUAUGAGUACUCCUUGAGACAUUGGAACUGUAAAAGAGCCUUGUGAGAAAGCAAAAGUGUUACCAAAAACAGAGGAGCCAUGGAGCUUGUAACCUGAAAUGUGGUCAAGGCAUUGCAAGUCACCAGUAGUAGCUUUGUUAUUUUGUUGAUACUAAACUAGUCUGUUGAUGUGCUGCUACUAGCUAGAAUGUUGCGGGCUAUGUUUAUAAACAUCGGACAUUGAAGUUGAUUGUACUUGGAUGUGUUGUUGAUGAACAAGUACAAUUUUUGUUUUUGGUUGAUAUAUUUUUUUCUUACUACAUAAUUGAUAUGAUAAUGCAAUUUGACUCCCUACUUAUGGGUUUAUAAAUUUAUGAGUCAGCGUGUGGAUUAUA